AUGGCUGGAGUUCAAUUGGGGCUUGAGCGACGAGCCAAUGGCGACAACGAUCACGACCAUGAUGCCGAUGACGACUCAAAUGAUAAGGAAGCACCAGCCAUCCGACGCUUCUAUGCCCGCCUGAUCUGGGCUAGCCAAUUCCUUCUCAGUCUCUUGCUGCUCGCCUCCAUCAUUCUCGUUGUUCGAGAUGCCGUUGUAGGGACACAACCCCAUUCAAACUUCCCCUACAGCGGCUACCUCGCUGCCCAUGUCGGCUUGCUGCUCUUCUUCCUUGCUGGCCUCUUGCCGAACCCCGACGGACCAUGGUCGCCCACCGCCUCCAACUGCCACUCUUGGGUCGCUGCCGCAAUGCUCGAGGGCGUCAUCAUAGCCCUGUUUGGUACCCAACAGCGCUAUAUCAAGGUCCACCCGAAGCUGCGUGACGCCCUAAUCGGCCUGGGCAUAGCCAGGAUCGCCACGUUGGUCGUCAUGAUAGGUUUUGUGGUACGCCGCCACUAUUCCCUACGAUCAUCUCGAUUGAGCUCGACCACCGGCGAGCGCCAGGGCCUGCUGGAAAACGGCAAUGGCCACGCAGCGCCAAGGGGCAAAGGUGGGAAGCCGCGUGACCCCCAAAGUUCAGGAUGGUUCGACUACAUCGCUGGUUUCCGCGUCCUCUUCCCUUACCUGUGGCCCAAGGACUCUGUCGUGUACCAGGCCACUGUCGUGGUCUGCUUAAUUCUGCUGAUCUGCCAGCGCAUUGUGAACCUGAUGGUUCCCUUGCAGCUUGGCUCCUUGGUCGAGUCCCUGGGGUACGGCCGCAUCCCGUACCGAGACAUGAUCCUGUACGUUGUCUACCGCGCCUUGCAAGGGAAUCAAGGCGUCAUCGGCGCCGCCCGCUCCGUCCUCUGGAUUCCCGUCUCGCAGUCGCUCUUCCGCCGGCUCUCGUGCGCCGCCUUCGAGCACGUACUCGGCCUCUCUCUCGACUUCCACCUCAGCAAAAAGAUCGGUGAGGUCACCAGCGCCCUCAGCCGCGGCGCCGCCAUGAACACCUUCCUCGAAAAUUUUGUCUUUCAGGUCUUCCCAAUGGUUUUCGACAUCUUUGUCGCCGGCGUCCUGUUCUUCGUCAAGUACGAUGCCUUUUACACCAUCAUCGUGUUUUUCAUCAUGUGGUCGUACAUCUUUUUGACCAUCUACAUGGCCAAGUACCGCGGCCGCCAGCGCCGGGACAUGGCCACGAAAUCGCGCGAGAUGGAUGCCGUCAAGACGGAUGCCAUCAUGGCUUACGAGACGGUGCAGCACAACUGCGCCGUUGGCCCCGAGACGGAGCGCUUCCGCGGCCAGGUCCUCAUCUACCAAAAGGCCGAGCGUCUGGUGCAGUUGUCGCUGAACGGUCUGAACCUCACACAGAGCUCCAUCUUCUCCGUGGGGACAGCUCUGCUCGUCGCCGUAUCGGCCUACAAGAUCUCCAAGGGCCAGCAAACUGUGGCUGAGUUUGUGAGCCUGAUUGUCUAUUUCUCACAACUCCAGGCUCCUCUGAACUUUUUUGGGACCUACUACACUAUGCUUCAGAACAACUUGAUCGAAGCAGAGCGCAUGUUGGAUUUGUUCAAAGAGACUUCAGGGGUUGUUGAGAAGCCCGGCGCCGCCAAGCUAACCAACCCUCGAGGAGAGGUGGAAUUCCGAGACGUCAAGUUCGCCUACCAAGGCAAGUCCGGCCAGAACAAGCCCGCCAUCGAUGGCAUCAGCUUCAAGGUGGCCCCGGGCACCAAGACGGCCAUCGUUGGCGAGUCGGGCAGCGGAAAGUCGACCUGCCUCAAGCUCCUCUUCCGUUUUUACGAGCCCGAACGCCACCGAAGGCCGAUGUGUACGAGGGCGUGCAAGGCGGCCAAACCUUCCACGACCGCAUCAUGGACUUCCCGGACCAAUAUGCCACCAUCGUCGGGGGAGCGUGGCUUGAAGCUGUCGGGCGGCGAGCGGCAGCGCGUCGCCAUCGCCCGCGCCAUCCUCAAGGAUGCGCCCAUCUUGCUCCUGGACGAGGCCACGGCGUCGCUGGACUCGCACACCGAGCGCCUGAUCCAGGACGCCCUGGAGCGGGUCACAUAUGGUCGUACUACCGUCACGAUUGCCCACCGCCUGUCAACCAUCACGAGCUCGGACCAGAUUGUGGUGCUCCACAAGGGGAGCGUCGUCGAGCGCGGCACUCACCCGGAGCUGCUUGCUCUCGGGGGACGCUAUCAUUCCAUGUGGGAGAAGCAGACGACGGCGGAGAAGGGGGAUAAGAGCGUGGAGCGGUAG